CCGACAUCCAUUGCCUUCGCCAUGUCGUCUCUGUUUGCGCUGCUGUCUCAGCAGAACACCAAUUUGCAGACAAGAAACGGUCUCAUUGUGCUCGCACUGCAGAAUGACUUCAUCUCCGGCCAGGGGAAACUGCCAGUCGCCGACACGCGCUUCCUCGACCCUCUGACGCGUCUGGUGUCCGACUUUCGUGAGCACGGCGACAUCAUUUGGGUGCGCUGUGAAUUCGACGUCGAUCGUCCAGUCAACACCGCCGCUGCUUCGAGCGACUCUGUGAUCGCGGGAGACGACACACCUGACCAAGCGAAGUCAUCAAAGCAGAAAAGCAAGGUAGCCCAUGCUAUGCCACCCAGCAUGCAAAUCCUUGGCUCACCAUUGAUUACAGAGUCCUUCGAAAUCCACAAGCACAUCCCCGAAGCCAAAGCCUCCAAAUAAUGUCGACGAAGAACUGUUCCUCACUGCUGCCCCCACCAAAGAACCCUGCUGCGUGCGCGGUUCUCGUGGUGCUGAUUAUGCCGACCGCAUCAAACCCCUGAUACAGCCGCGAGAUAUGCAGCUCACAAAGACGCACUACUCGGCAUUUGGUGGUACCUCUUUGCUCGUGAGUCUCCGAUCGAAGCUCAUAACCGAUCUUUUCGUAUGUGGCUGCAUCACGAACUUGUCCGUCUACGCCACUGCCAUGGAUGCUGCUCGAUACGGAAUCAGGAUCAUCCUGGUUGAAGACUGCCUAGGAUAUCGCAGGAAAGACCGACACGACAGGGCCAUUCGCCAGCUGGAAGAUUACAUGUCUGCAGAAACAAUGUCCAGUAAGAAAGUCAUGGAAGAGUUGCGAGGUCAAUCCGCAGAUGAGGAAGUCGAUCACAGCGACAACGGCCGCAGUGCCUCGUUUGAGGGCGAAGAUGGCACUGCGAAUCCAUCACCCACGCAGUCAGACGUGAAGUCUGGCACCAUCGAAGUGGACAGUAAUCUAGAUGACGAUGAGGAGACCUCAUUACCAAUCCCGCCGCGCAGAUUACCACUCAGCGUGAGCAAUCUUCGAGCGCUCAAUCUUUCCAUCGCGAGAGCGAGCGGACGGUAUAUCGAGAGGGCAAGCAUGAACAACCAGUUACUGUCCAGUCCGACCUCAACGCAGCAUCAAGUCAUCGCAAGCUAGAUUUCCGUGACUCACCGCCAAGACGAAAUGAUAUAAUUCCUGGGGACAAAAUGCGGAGUCACACCACAACUUCCACAACGCAAAUAUAUUCUCGUCCUGGCCGUGCUACUUUGUGUUCUGCAGCUGCAUUGUCGCCCACUUCUGCCACGAUGGACGAAGCAAUAGAAAAUCAAAAACCGUCGAGCAGAGCAUUCGCAGACCGACCACUCUUUGGUCGCGACAAGGAGACGGAAAGUCAAGGUUCUCGAAUGCUUCAUCAUCUUUUACCGCAAGACCAGGCUGAGUCGAUCUUCGAUGAGCUGAAAUCUGAAAUCAAUUGGCAGACCAUGCAUCACCAAAUGGGAGCUGUGCCGCGUCUGGUCUGCUGUCAGGCCGCUGUUGACGAAGACGGCAGUAUGCCAGUUUACAGACACCCGUCUGAUCAGACUUUGCCAACGACCCCUUGGAGCGCGGCCGUGGAUCGAGUGAGACGCGCUGCUGAGCUCGUCGUAGGUCAUCCUUUGAAUCACGCCUUGAUUCAGCUCUAUCGAAGCGGCAAUGAUUACAUCUCCGAGCACUCCGACAAGACUCUCGACAUAACACCGGAGAGCAAUAUCGUCAAUGUGAGCUUUGGAGCUCAGAGGAUCAUGCGAAUAAGGACAAAGCGAGGCGCAACGAACACCGAAGAGAGCCCGGCCAGGACAACGUAUCGCAUCCCCAUGCCUCAUAACAGCAUGCUCACCAUGUCUCUGAAGACAAAUGCCCAAUAUCUGCAUGGGAUCAAUUGGGACAGAAGACCUGGCGUGGAAUGGUCCGAAGCCGAGAAAGCCUACGGAAGUCAGCGCAUCUCAUUGACAUUUCGCAACAUUGGUACAUACUUGAACAAGACAUCUGAAAUAAUAUGGGGCCAAGGCGCAACAGGAAAGACUCGGGCAGAAGCUCGAACAGUAAUCAAUGGCGAUGCCAUCGCUAGUCAAAAAUUGAUUGAUGCUUUUGGAAAGGAGAAUGCAGCAUCCACAAUUGAGUACGAUGAGAUAUAUGGCAAAGGCUUUGAUGUUCUGCAUUUGAAAUGAAAAUCUGAAAAGUAUACAGCAUGGAGGUCGUGGUCGGCUCCAGGAAUGAUACCCAGAAUGCGUUCGUAGUAGCAAAGUUCUAUUCUUCGAAUGACACUGUCGAUAUCG